CUCUCUCUCUCUCUCUCUCUCUCUCUCUUCUUCUCUCUCUUUGUUCUUCUCGCCAGAUUCUCCGCCGGAUCACGCCGUUAAAUCUCUCUCUCUCUCUUUCUCCCUCUCCGGCCGGCCGUCCUUCUCUCGACGGAUUCCCUGCUGGAUCUCGUCGGAAAAUAUCUCUCUCUCUCUCUCGACGAAAUCCCUUUCUCGCCAGAAAAUCUCUCUGGACGGAAUCUCUCUGUGCCGGUUCUCACCGGAAACACUGUUUCUAUCGCCGGAUCGGGCCGGAAACUCUGUCUCCACGGAUCUCGCUGGAGCUCGCUUUCUCUCAUCGGAAAAUCUCUCUCUCUCUCGCCGGAGCGGUUUUGAUCCCUCUAGCGCCUGACUUUGGCCCAUAGCUAGACAAAGAUAGAGAGUUCACGCGUGCCAAGGCCUGAGCUAAUCAGCACCCAACCACCACCAUGUGCACGUUGGAGAAGCGCGGCAACCUCUUCAUCCUAACCCUGAUCGGCGACGACGAGCACCGGCUGAGCCCAGCCGUUAUCGACUCCCUCCUCUCGGCGCUCUCCCAAGCCAAGUCCCAAGCCAUCCGCGGCUCGGCUCUCGUCACUACCGCCCACGGCAGGUUCUUCUCCAAUGGCUUCGAUCUCGCUUGGGCACAAGCUGCCGGCUCCUCCUCCGCCGCUCGCGAUCGGCUCCACCACAUGGUCGAAUCCUUCCGGCCGGUCGUCGCCGCGUUCCUCUCCCUCCCGAUGCCUACAGUCGCUGCCGUAUCCGGCCACGCCGCCGCUGCCGGGUUCCUCCUCGCGCUUAGCCACGACUACAUCCUCAUGAGGCGUGAUAGAGCCGUGCUGUACAUGAGCGAGGUCGACCUCGGCCUCACCUUCCCCGACUACUUCACGGCUCUGAUGAGGUCCAGGAUCGGCUCGGUUUCGGCUCGACGCGAUAUCUUGCUCGGGGGGAGGAAACUCAAGGGUGACGAGGCAGUGACGAUGGGGAUCGUGGAAUCGGCGCACGAUGGCGUGGAGAGUGUGGUCGAGGCUGCAGUGAGCCGGGGGGAACAGUUGGCGCAGAGGAAGUGGAACGGUGAGGUGUACGCGGAGAUAAGGAAGAGUCUGUAUCCGGAGGUAUGUGGCGUGCUGGGAUUGGUUGCCAAAACCGUCGUAGCCUCUUCUAAGCUUUAGAGGGAAACUAAUAAGCAGCUGCUUAAUAUGUUGUUCUUGUGGAAAGUGAAAAUCUUUCCUUUUAUUUUGUUUGUUUUAUGGAUACCCAAAUGCGGGAUUUCAACUAUAAAAUGGACCUCGAUCUUA